GAACAGUAGUGACAGAAAGUAAGAGAGAUGAGGCUCAGUGGUUGACAAAUUAUUUUACCCUCACAGAGAAAAGAUAACAAAACAUAUUUUCUUUUCUUUCCUUCUUUCUUUUCAGUGGGUAGUUUUAAAAUAUUUGGAAACUCAGAGACUCUGUCUGAAGAAAGCUGAAGAGUUUAAAGACCUUAAACACUUUUGAUGUUUCUUUAACAAAAGAAACUGUGUGUGAGAGAGAGACUAGAGACAUGGUGGGCUCAGGAAGCUUAGGAGGAGAUAGAAGCAAAGAUGCUGUAGGAAUGAUGGCACUUCACGAAGCACUUAGAAGCGUCUGUCUUAAUUCCGACUGGAUUUACUCUGUUUUCUGGACCAUUCGUCCCCGACCGAGGGUCCGUGGUGGAAAUGGCUGCAAGAUUGGUGAUGAAAGUGGCAGCUUGAUGUUGAUGUGGGAAGAUGGUUUUUGUGGAGGUGGAGGGAGAAGUGAAGAUCUUUGUCUGGAACCAGACAUUGAAGGUGAAGAUCUUGUCAGAAAAGCAUUCAGCAAAAUGUCCAUUCAGUUAUAUAAUUAUGGAGAAGGAUUGAUGGGUAAAGUUGCUUCUGAUAAAUGUCACAAAUGGGUAUUCAAAGAACCAUCUGAAUCUGAACCCAAUCUUGCUAAUUACUGGCAGAGUUCUUUUGAUGCUCUUCCUCCAGAAUGGACCGACCAAUUUGAAUCAGGCAUCCAGACAAUUGCUGUGAUUCAAGCGGGGCAUGGUCUAUUACAGCUAGGUUCUUGCAAGAUUAUUCAAGAAGAUCUUCAUUUUGUGCUGAGGAUGAGGCAAAUGUUUGAAUCAAUCGGUUAUCGAUCCGGUUUUUACCUAUCACAGCUCUUCUCUUCAAACCAAACCGCUACAACUCCAUCUUCUUCCUCGGUUCCAAACCAGCAGCUUCAGUCUCAAGGUUUUAACUGGGGAUCACAUUCUCCAUUGUUGCCUUCCCCUAGCUUCCAAAACCAACUACCUGCAUCGACAAGAUUCGGUUUCCUUCAAGAAAGCCAUCCUCCUCCUCCUCCUGCUCAGAUGCUUCCUCAAAUGGAAGAACAAGAAGACGACAUCAAAUGGCCCAACGGUUUAUCUUUGUUCAAUGCAUUGACUGGCCGUGCAGAGGAAGCAAGUAGGCUUCUGUAUAACCAGGAGCAGAACCCGACGAACCAGAACGAGUUGUUGAGCCUUGAAAGUCAUCAUAAUCAUCCUAACAAGUUUAGAAGAAGCUAUACAUUACCAGCAAGAAUGGACUCUUCUUCAUCAUCAACCUCGCUCGAUCAGCAACCACAAGAUUUCAGGAACAACAACUCCGGAAGUAACGCAGGAAUGUUCCCUGACGUUAUGGAGACGUUCUUGAGAUGA